CCCGCGGGGCAGAGCGCUGGUCCCGCGCCGAGCAUCGCCCUCGCUCCGUCCGCAGCCGCUUGUCUCCCACCACCGCAGCCAUGGCAAACAAAGGCCCAGCCUAUGGCAUGAGCAGGGACGUGCAGUCCAAGAUCGAGAAGAAGUACGAUGACGAGCUGGAGGACCGGCUGGUGGAGUGGAUCGUGGCACAGUGCGGGUCCGACGUGGGUCGCCCCGACCGGGGCCGCCUGGGCUUCCAGGUCUGGCUGAAGAACGGCAUCGUGCUCAGCAGGCUGGUGAACAGCCUCUACCCCGACGGCUCCAAGCCCGUCAAGAUCCCCGACGCGCCGCCCACCAUGGUCUUCAAGCAGAUGGAGCAGAUCGCCCAGUUCCUGAAGGCGGCCGAGGACUAUGGGGUGACCAAGACAGACAUGUUCCAGACCGUCGACCUCUUUGAAGCCAAGGACAUGGCGGCGGUGCAGAGGACGCUGAUGGCCCUGGGGAGCCUGGCGGUCACCAAGAACGAUGGGCACUACCACGGGGACCCCAACUGGUUCAUGAAGAAGGCGCAGGAGCACAAGCGGGAGUUCACCGAGAGCCAGCUGAAGGAGGGCAAGAACAUCAUCGGGCUACAGAUGGGGACCAACAAGGGAGCGUCACAGGCGGGGAUGAGCUACGGCCGGCCCCGGCAGAUCAUCAGCUAGGCACCCCCCCGCCGCCCCCAGCCCUCCCCAGCCGGGACCUCCGUCUCCGCUUCCCCCCCGGCCCAGCGCCGCAGCCGCCCGAGCGUCGGCGGCCGCCACCAGCCCCGCACCGAUUGGUAUUUAUUGAGGAGCAAACGCCCCCCAAACGCCAGCCAACAACGCCCCAACGCCAGCGGCCGCACGCGCCCCGCAGAGCCCCCCGCCCCGGGGCU